AUGGCCAGGGGCUUGACUGGCAAAGUGCCGCGCAAAGCAGAGCCUCUGAAGCGGCCCCUGCGAGAGAUCAGCCGCUCACACCUGACGGAGCACGUUCAGCGUCUCUGGGAUCAUUACAGCAUCCCAGAGUUCCACAGGCAGCUCUACCUCCAGCGAUUCGGUGCGGAUGACUACAGCUUAGAUGUGCUUCACAGGGAGGUCGGGGCACUGGCAAAGGGUAUCGCACCUGUGCAGCGGGCGAUGCGUGCCAUCGCAAAUCGCGAGGAGAUUCUUCUUCGCUUGGGCGUGUUGCGAGGCGCCUUCGCCGACGCCGAGUUCAGCGUCCCGGGAUCCCUGGCCAGGUGCGAGCUGUCCGAGCAGUUCUACAGCCUCCGCAUGGCCACUGUAGAAGCCAUCCUUGCCCUGGUCGCCUGGCGCCACUCCGUGGCUCCGCGGGCAGGUCCCACGUGCAUCGCAGGACCAGGCGCCAGGGGAGCCAGUUGGCCUUUCACCGCGGUCAACGGCGAAAGCUGGCCCGACUACUUCAUGCACAUCGCAAGCAAUGAUGCCGCAGUGAGGCAGUUCCAGAAUGUAGCGGAGCUGUCAAAGGAUUGCGAUCCUCUUCUGGUGCAUGCUUCCGUGGGCGGCGUUGGUCCCUUCCAAGGCGGCAAGCUUUGCCCACCGUGCUGUGAUGCCAUGCACAGGCAGAACCUGGAUCGUGCGCGGCUGAGUCUCCUCGAGGACGAGCUGGCAAGCGCCCUUUUUCACCCCGUUCGUGCCGGUACACCACAGGACAACAAGUCCAGUUCUUGGAGCACGCCCAGCCCAGACUUGAGGCCGGAGGAGGACUUCCCUAGCCGCCCGAGCUCCCGACUUUUGCAGGAGCUUGCCGGUCCUCCCCUUCUGCCCCCACUGAAAGAUGCCCCGACGCCCAGCGUCACGCCGCCGCCGGUGCUGCCUGCCCCCCCAAGCCGGCCUCGCAGUGGGCCUCGCAGACGGAAGCCUCCCAUCAUCGAGCCGGAAGAGAUCGGCGUCCGGCCAGCCUCCUCAACGGGCUCACCGUCCAGCCGCCGAAAAGUGCGGUCGCGACGCUUGUCCAUGAGUGGCUUGAAGGUGGGAGGGCGCCGAGGGGCGCUGAAGGAGUCGAUCCCCUUGUGGCGAAUCGAACCAAGGUUGCCCGAGACAGAACCGGGCCUUGGCCUGGACUCUCCAGAACAAAGCUGCGCCACACCGCCAGAUGAGGAGGUGGACAAGGAGCUUCGGGAGCUCAUCGCCCUCUCUACAGCCACGAAAAGGCGGAGUUUGACCGACGGCGCUGGAGUGCCCAAGUUGCUGAAGGCCCAGACCGAGCCCCCAGAGUCGCCCCGGUAUGAAGCCCCGGCUCCUUCGAGGUCCGCACCACCCAAGGACCUGAAGGACUCCCAGGUUUCGGCACAGACCCCUCCGAGCUCGGCCUCAGACGAGGAGGCGGAGGAGGAGCUCCUGACGCUGAAGUGCGGCGUGGACAUGGCAAGGCUACAGUCGGUGUGGAACCGCUUUGAGCAUGAUAACGUCAUCCACCACGACGAUGUCUGCAUGGCGCUGCAGCGAAUUGGCUUCGUCGGCCCAGACAAAGAGUGGGUGGAGGAGGCCUUCGAGAAGGUCACGAUGUUCAAUGGUGUGAGCCGGGAAGAGUUCAUGCAAAUCGUUGACUAUUACGACGAAAAGCAGCGUGUCCAUUUCCAGGAGAAAUUCAUCAGCUGCGAUGCUGAUGGGUCGGGUCAGAUGGACAUCGACGAGUUCGCCGAGUUUCUGCGGGGCAUCGGCACAGAGCCCAUGAGACAUGCUCUUGAGGAGUGCAUUGCAGAAAUGGAUGAGGACGGGUCUGGACAGUUGGACUUCGACGAGUUUUACAAGGUGAUGACUCUCCUGGCGCAGCGCGAGGGCUUUUCUCGGAGCGAGGUGGUUGGCUUCGAGGCCGUGUUCCGGAAGUUCGACACCUACGCGAAUGACGAAAUCGACGUGAAGGAGCUGCAACAGGUCCUCAUGUUUGUAGGCAUCCCCAUUACAGAGGAGGAGUGUCGGGAGGUGGGGGAGGAAAUCGACCUGGAUGGUAGUGGGUACAUCGAUUUUCAGGAGUUCCUGAUGUGCAUGCGGCUGUUUCGGGUCAGCGAGCUUGCCGACUGGAAAGGAAACCUGCAGGAGAUUAGUGAAGGGAACGAGGAAUCCAUCCCUUCCUCGCAGCUGUCGAAGCUCCUGCAGAAGAGCGGCUACUUCACUGAGCAGGCUGUCGUGGAUGAAGUGCUUCGCGAGAUUGGCCUGGAGCCAGCUGCCAACACCCAAAUCGACCUCGGCACACUCUGGAAGUUUCUCGUCGUCUUCCGGGCGCGUGAAGGCCUGUCCUCCGCGGAGAUCGCGCGUGUGCGUGAGGCCUUCCGCGGAAAGGCCAGCGGAGAUGACGAGGACGAGGACGAAGCAAGAGAGAUUGCCACCGACCAAAUGCCACAGGUCCUCCGCGUCAUCGGCUACUCCUUGGCUCUGGAGGACCAGAAGCAGCUCACCGCGCAAGUGGACGUGGAUCGAUCUGGAGCUUUAAACCUUGGAGAGCUCUUGAAGUUGGUGCGCUUCGUCAAAGAGCGACGAUCCAAGGAGAUCCAGGCUGUCUUCUCGAAGAUUGACCCCUAUGACACGGGGGUGAUCUCCGAGCGGGAGGUCAUGAAAGCCUUGGCGCAGCUCGGCUGCAUACGGGAUGCCGAUUCAAUCCCACUCGGCGUCGCCGAAGAGUCCGUGAAUGGCUACUUGGGCCAUGCCGGCUUCCUCAAAAUAGUACAAAAGUUCGAUGAUCUGCAGCGGCAGCAGUUGAUCAAGUCUGGGGGCUACACUGCCGAGCAGAUGGAAGCCCUCAGUCGCCAGUUCCGUUGCUAUGACUGGGACGGAAGUGGAGAAAUCAGCCAGAAGGAGCUUGUGGCCCUCAUCGUAGACGUCUUCCCAGAUCUUGCUUUCGAUCCAGAUCAGCGCCCGCUCUUGGUGCAAAUUGUGGAAGGAGCAGAUAAAGAUAGGAAUGGUAAGCUGAACUUCGACGAAUUUCUGCAUCUCAUGAGAACUGUAGAAGAUCUGGGCCAUCUCACUCAGCUCCAGAAGGAGAGGAGGAUUAUUGAGGAUACUUAUUUCAACACCAACGAAGUAAGCGAAUUUCGAACAAUCUUCCUGGCGCGGACGAAGGGGCAGCCUCGGAUGUCGCUGUCCGACUUCAAAGAGCUUGUGAGCCCUGUGUGCCCUAUGGGGGACAAGAACAGCCAUGAGAUCUCGGGCAUGUGGCGGGAGAUUUGCGGCGAAGUCACGAAGCUGUGCGACUUCCCUGACUUUCUGCUCCUAAUGAGGAAAAUGAUGGACAAAGACUUCUUCCCUAUCAUGAAAGCCAAACAGCGAAGCCGCAGUAGUCGUAGGGUGCUGGCACACUCUCUGACAGCAGUUUGA